CACUUUGCGAUCAGUGACAGUCCUCUCCGAACAGCCGGUAUGUCUCAUUUGAGUGGCUUUUAAUGUAAAAGUCAACAGUCGGCAGAGAAUCGGAACUAGACUGCAAGGCUGUGUCAGCCUGUGAGAUUUCCCUGCAGACACGACCAGGAACUGCAGGAAUUUAGUCCAAUUUUGCAAGGAGGUGAAGUGGACAUUCUAGAGAACAAGUACCACAAGUCGUUGCUUUCUAUGACAAGUGGAGAUCCCUGAUCGACCUCAGAGAAAUUCCUGAGGAGCUAAAGAAGUCCGUUUCUGUGAGAGACAUUUCUGCACUCUAUUUGUCGAGAGUGGCAGAGGCAAACACUGGGAAAACCCCCCCGAGAGAGGUUACUGUGGCUGAAAAAAACGCUACUGCCUCAGGAAACAGAGUUAACUUGAAAAAGAAGAUGUCGGAAAACGCCCAAAAAAUUGAGAACUCCAAAGUAUCCAGUGGAGUUCAUUUGAAUGCCAACAAUGUCCCAUCUGAACCAACCAGAACUCAAACAGAGAACUUAAAUUUGAUAAGUGAUCAAAAUCAGGCGUUUCCUGAAGUGACUGUACGUCAGGAACCGAUUUCCCUGCAGAGACAGAAAUGUGAGCUAGCGAAGCUUUCUCGACACAUUCAUCCAGAGUUGAAGACUGUGGACAGUGUCAUAGAUGGAGAGGUAAUGAAGGAGACUGCUUCGGAAUGCGAGGUAAAUGUCGGUAACUCUAAAUAUGAGGGUGGGGUACAAAUAUUGAGAUGGAUAUUUGAGAACUGGACACUACUAGAGAAAACAGGUGAUAUGCAAGAGGUCAGGAAAUGGCUCGAGGAGAAGGCUCUUUGUGACAUGGAUGUCAGAUGCACCUCUCACACGGCUGAUCUUACUGAACCCAGUGGCACUGAAUGUUUCCCGACAGCAAAAAGUUCAGAAGGCAGUGACAUCAAAGGAGAUACUCGGAAGACCAUGGAGUUGUUUGAGAUGCAAUCACUUGACUUCCACAAAAAAUUACCCUUUGAUGGAAGAAAGCUCAUGAUGGCAGAGUCUGUCAGCUGUGGAGACGUGAAAGAGACAUGCCAGCUAUUUGAGGUGAAGCCUUUGGAUGAACCUGGUCUCUGCACUUCUGUGGGGGUUGAACACUACCAUGACCCUGAACAAGCAACUCAGGAGACAAAAGUGGAUGUCAAGAGGACUGUUAGACUGUUAGAGAUGGAGCCUUGCUGUGCGCUUGAAAGUGGUGAUGUGAACGUCAAUGAGAUCAAGCCCGCCUGUAGAGGUGGAAACCCCAGCAGCACUGUCAGAAAGACACGCUGGCUAUUUGAGACUCAGCCUCUGGAUAUCUUGAACAAAGAUCUGGCAGAGGCCCAUGUAAUUCCAGGGAUAUCUUUAGCGGAAACCCAGAGAGGUAAGGUUGAGAGAAAAGAAUUACAAACCUCUAAUGACACGUUUAACAGUCGGAAGGAGCACAGAUGCUUUUGUAUUGAGGACAUGGAUGUUGGGUCACUGAAUAGAAAAUCUAUCAAUGUUACUUUAGAUAAGCAGGAUAUUGCUGUGGGAGACAGUCAUUCCUUGCUGUGGUUCCUUGAAACUCAUCCCACGGAAACUUCAGCAGACAGCUAUGAAGUUAACCACCUUGAGACAGUAAACAUCCCGGAAGAUAAAAGAGGAACUGUCCUGGAGAUAAAGCACAUAUUUGAAACUUGCGCACUAGAUAGCAUCAACAAAGAAAUGGCUGUGGGAGUAACCAAAAUUGAGCCCUGCGAGAUAGAAAAAUCUGCUGUUAGAUCUCACAAGCGGCAUUUCGAAGCCCUUUCCCUCAACAGUGUAUCUCAGUUUAGUAAAGAGCACACAGAAAUUAAAGAUGUCGCAAGUGGUGCUGUAAGAAAUAACAUGACAUUUUUCGAGAACAUACCGCUGUUUGCUAUUAGAGAUCGUUCAGGAAAUUUCCAUGAGGUCACGUCAAUAAGCAAAGGGCAGGCAGUGGAAAUAAAUGGCAUCGUUCAAAACUACAAAUGGAUGUUUGAAACAAUUCCACUGGACAAAUUUAAGCAUCGAGAACAACAGGAGGAGGUCAUAUGUAUAACAAGUGAAGAUGAUUACAGUGAUAAUGUUAAAAUGGCAGAUCGCCGUUUUGAAAAUCCUCCAGUGGCCAGUGAUAAUGUUAAUGCAAAACCCUCUGAGGCAAAUAUAUCAAGGUCAAUGUCUGAAACAGAUGGUGUCAAGACCUGCAGAUGGAAAUUUGAGACACACGUGCUAGAAAACACUGGCAGUGACCUUGGCUUAACAAUGGACAACGUCUCUGCGAAUGAAAUGGAUAUGAUUCAUAAUCAUUCAACAGAGGCUUCGGAGAGCAUCACAAGGGAGAUAGCCAUGCAAAGAAGUAUCUUACCCAAUAAUAAUGUUAAAGCACAAGUCAGUGACAUUUUUGAAUCAAAGCUAAUUGUUAAAAAGGAUGCAAGACUCUCAAAUGAUUCAAGAACUCACAGCAGAGAUGAACAUUUUGAAAAUGACCUGGAAAAUGGUCAAAUUGACAUGAUUAAUGGUAAAAACAAAGGUAAAGUAAAUACCAGUAUUAUAAGUGACGUAAAAGAGGAGAUUUGUAACACUGAAUUUACGUCUAAAACUUUAUCUUUGGAAAAUACCCAUGACAAACACAGAUAUCCUGAACGCCAAUCAGCUAGGGCUCCCAAGGAUGCAACAGAUGUCAUGUCCUCCAUUGGUCAACCUGACAGCCAUGAUUCAGCAACAUGUAGUGAGAAAAGUGAAAAGUUUCAUGAGGUCAUUAGAGAGGAAAUUAUGAGUAGGGGAGGGAGUCAGCUCAUAUCUGAACCGAAGCCACUGGAAAACAGUAAAUCCCAGGGAGAAAUUAAUGUUGAGAACAAAGAGGUCCAGGAGGAAUGUGAUGUGACAUCCUCAGUAUGGCAUGAAACAUCGUCAGGAAAUUACAUAACUAACAAGCAACAGAAAAUGGUAACAAAUAUUGAGAAAAACAAUUUGCAGAUGAAAAAUCAGCCCUUAGAGGUACAACAGAUCAGCAGUGAAGGGAAUUCCGGCAAGGUGAACAGAGGUGUAGAUCAGAGAGACGUCAGAACAUCCCUCUCACUGUUGAAAAAUAAACCUUUUGACUCCCUCAAAGGAGCAGCUCAGAAUCAAACCUCUGUGAAGACAGUAUACAAUGAGUACAGCCUGAACAUGGAUGCGAGAUAUUGCAGUUCGCUCUCUGGAACUCAGGUUUCCGACACGGCUGAUGUUGACAUGACUAACAGGAGGUUUCAAGAUGAGAAAAUAAAUACAGAUGUAAAGGAGCUGCAUUGGAUUUUGGAAUCAGUAGCAGCUGAUGGGAUCUCGUUUAGAAACUGGGCAGAAUCAGAUGUUAUGAUGGAGAGUCUCAGAGACACUGUAAGGCAUCUUUAUCAUUUUAAUGCUAUUCAUUCACCUGGAAUUGUAUUGGAAGACAGUGAUCACGGGGGUGUGAAAAUUGCCAAGUACCUCAUAAAUAAUGAAGGGCCACAAAUCCAGGAAGCAGGAGCUGCUGAGGGAGGUAUACAGGAGAUUGUGCAGCGCCUCCUGCGCAUGGAAAGGUUGGGCUCCAGGAUAGCUCUGCUAAGGCAGGAUGAACAUGGACUCCAAGUUACCAAUCUGGAAUUAAGAUUUCAACAGAUUCCAUCUAUACAAACCUGGGAUAAUGAAUUAAAAACCAUAUAUUAUUAUAUAAUUGAGGGCUUCCUAAGUCAAGCUAAGGCUUUGGCAAAAGGAAUUUUAAUGCAGGAACAAGAGCAGAAGUAUGUUGGGAUGACUGUUUAUUUACUUAAUAUUUGCAAAAAGAAAACGGAAAGUGAAGAAAUUAUCGUAACGAAGGAAACCCCAUUAGUCACAAAUCCUACUGAAGUUCUUCAUAGUCACAGACCUUCGAUAUUCUCACCUGAAGAAAAGGCUGAUCCAGAGUGCCUCAGAAACUUUCAUCCUUCUUCAGAAGAGGACUGUGAAUGUAAAGGACCAGUAGAACAAGAGACAGAAGUAUGGGAACAAACAGUCAAAGAUCCUUCACGUUCAGAUGCAAAGAACCUCAGAAACCUGCCAUUCUCUGUAGGCUCCAGUCACCAUAGUUCAGUAGAAAAUGCUCAUUUCUCCUUUGAUAAGCAUGGCCUUGCACAGAGAAGUGACCAAGUAAUUUCAGCAAAGAGAGUGGAAGUAGUGCCAAGUAAUGCAGAACCGCAGUCUCUGGAUCCUAGAGUGGAGCCAAGUGUGUCAAUAACAAAGAAUGUUACCUUUGCAGGUGCAUUGUGUGACCUUGGAGAUGCAAACAAGUCCUCCUGUUCAAGUAAAGAGACAAGUCAACAUAUAAAACCUAAGGUGAACCAUUCAAAAGUGAGAGAGAAAAAGGUCAUGUUAGAUAAUAAAAUCCUUAUAAAUCAAAGGGCAAGAUGUCAGAAUACCUCCACAGAUGUGGUCAUCUUAAGAAAACCCGGCUCUUCAAAUGUCACAAUAGAGGAGCCAUCACCUUCUGAGCAAAGUGAAGGUAGCUCAAGAGCAGACGUCCAUGAGGAAAAAAUGAAAGGUGAGACGGACAACUGGGGGGAAGCGCAAGAGAAGGAACUGGACAGACAGAACUCUGAACUAGCAGCCGCCAUGAAAAGUCUCCUUCUGGCAACGGCUGAAGCGAAGAGCAUUCAGCGUGUGGUGCAGGCAAAACUGAAACACGUCCACCUAAGACAAAUGAAGCUGCAGAAUGACACUGCUGAGCCGGAGAGUGAUACUGAGCAUGAAAUCAUGCAACUAGGGCAAAAAAUCACCUCAAAAGACAAAGAAGACUCCUUAUGUGAGGCAACAGUGAGGCAACCUUUCGAGUAUCCCACAAAAGAACAGACUGGACCAGAACAUCAAAGCAGUCAUUCCUCUAAAAAGGACCAAGAGACCAAUGAGAUAUUUCACCCUGGUCAAAAAUGUGAACUUCCUCGUGUAGACACAGCCGAGGAGCACGCGAUACUUGCUGUUCAAAAUCUUCCGUCAAAGUCAGACCAAGAAGUUCAAGAUUCAAAAGAACGGGCCGAAGCGGAAGUUGAUUUGAGAGGAGAUGUCAGAAAAGCUAUAACAUCGUUACAGUCUGCUGCAGGACAGCAACAACAACGAGCAGAAAAAGAAAUUGUAAGAGGUGGUCUACAGGCUGCUCUUCAGUCUUUGGAGAAAUCGAACAUGAAUGUUUCCAGAGGUGACUACAAAGCUGCAAUGAUAUACAGGAGGGGGAGAUUGUCCUACAGAGAAUGCGAUAAGCAGGCUGUUACCCAAUCUGUACAUAUGGGCUUAUUUCCUUCAGCAACAACUAUGAAAGAACAAUCAACUACCAAAUUAGUUGAUGCACUACCUGCUGCAGACGACAGACCAGAAGAAACCACAAAGGAUCUACUUCAUAUAUCUGUUUCUAAAACUAACCCUCAGAGUCCAACUCCACUCCCACCCAAGGCUUGUCAAAAGCCUUCCACACAAAAACCCGCUCUUCCACCCAAGCCAGAAGGACUUAGCAAAGUACCUGCUGAUGUGGCAUGGAGAAGACUUGUUAAAAAACAAUGAACGACUCUGAGAUGGACACCAACCACCAAUAACUCUCCUGAAGGCCCAGAAGUUUCUUCAAACUUGUUAAUUGUGAGGCCCAACAAGAUGAUGAAACAUGCAUUUAACAGAUAUUUUUGUCCAAGGUGCUGAACAAGUGAGGCAAAUAGCAGAUGAAACAACAAGGCAUAAGUGCAGAUACAAAUUUAAGUAGUUCUGGAACAGGAGCAAUUCGACAUCUAACAAACCAAGAAUCUAAUCACACCAUAAGCACUUAGUACCACUUCAAUGAGUACAAUUCAUACCAAAACAGUCAACAAAAUAUAAGGAUCACAAAUACAGCUGAAAAAUGAUUGUGUAACCAGGUACUGGUAAAUAAAAUACUAAAAAUAUUUUCCUCAUUAGUGAACUGGGAGAAAAAAAAUGUGUUAUCCCCAGUAAAAGUAGCAAUUCCUCACAGGAUAAAUGUGUAUGUUGUAAGAAGACAGAAUAAGAUAUUAAAUGAAUUUUGACUUCAGAGCUCUUCAAAAUUUUAUAAAUGGGAAACAAAGUGUUAUUGCAACCUUUCCACUCCUUAGUGAGAAGCUAAAAUCCAGAGGAAAAACACAGACCUGAGGCUGAAAUAUUCAUUACAAGGCAGCUCUUCACUUGCGGAAGCUCAUUUGUCAAGCAAGAUGUAUUGGACAGAUUCGGUAGGAAAUAGGUUGUUAAAUGGGAAAGAAGAAAAGGAAAGUAGGCCAUGGAGAGGUGCUGUUUCAAAGUGAAGUGUGAUGAAAGAAAUGAGUGUGAAAAAGAAAGGAAAGCAGAGAAUGCAGAAGAAAUAACGCGGGUGCUUUCAGAAGGAGAAAAGAAAGAUAGGAAUCACCCAAAGGAGAAUGGUGGAGAUACUGGUGAUGGAGGACCUGGAUUCUUCAGCAGGAUCUGUGUCUUUCAUUGUGUAUCGAUACCCUUUGGGAUUUAUGAUGCCUGUUCUAAUUUAUUAAUUUAUAAAUCAUUAAUAAUAAAAUGAGGUUUUGUUUUUUGAGUUGACUCUGUUCAUAACUGCUGGACAUUAAAAACAUCUUGAGAUUGUCUUAGAAUCACUGGAGACGUAUGUCAGUGGAAAACAUUUUCCACACACUCGGUUGUAGAUGAAUAUCAUAAAGACCUUUAUUGUUACAAAACAGCUACACUGCAGCCACAUUGUACAGCCAUAACAGAUUUACAAUCUGCAAUUUUUUGGUAUUCAUGCCAGUAACUUAUAAUGACACUCAAACUCCCUUACAAGAAGAUGCAAUAGCUCAUCUAAAUAUUCCCAGGUGUUCAAUGCUGCAUUUCUAACAGCAUCCAAGUUAUGUAUAGGAAUCACCCAAGGUCAAUAAAAAAAUCUGAUUUAAACAUCAAACUGUUUCCCAGUUCAUAAGUUCACUGUUUUAUUUUUUUCCCACAAAAAUAGUGGAAAUAAAUUAUAUGUCUAGGUGAAAUCUUCUUGAAUAUUUUC